AUGUUGCCGGAGAGAAGGAUGCAAGAAUGUCUGAGCAAGUCUAGCUUCUCCAAGUCUCUGUCUCCAGGUCAACACUGGAAAUCUAAAUCCAUGAGGAUUAUUCCGGAAGAGUUCUUGAGAAGCACCCAUGAGUCUUUUGAGCACAGAGUGGUGUUUAGCGUUCCAUGGAACAAUUCUUGGCAACUCUGGCUCCGCCCAGACAAGAAAGGUCUGUUUAUGAUCAAAGAAGACUGGGAUGAGUUUGCGGACGACAACUUCUUAGGUCCAGAUGAUACCUUGGUCUUCACACACCAAGACACUAUGUAUUUUCAAGUGCACAUCUUCAAGAAAGAUGGAAAAGAGAUCAUAUCUGCACCUCUUGAAGUUGAACCCCAAAAGGAGACAACCUCUGCCUCUGCCUCUGCAAUUGGAAGAACAGCUACUCGAGGGAGAAAGAGUUGUGCUAAUUUGCAAAACCCUGAGCGAUACCUCUUAAACCCCCAAAACCCUUAUUUUGCGAAGACACUUAAGAAAACAAACCAUUUGCUGCAUGUGGGCCUUCCGGUGAUUAGGCAGUAUGGCUUGGAGUUUGGUCCCCAUGAUUCCUCCAUGUACUUCAUUCUUCCCGAUGGAAAUAAAGUGGAUGGCUUAACUAAGUAUUACAACGGUUUACCUAGUUUCCUUGGCUGGGCGGAUGUAUGUCAACAGUACAACCUCAAAAUAGGAGACACUGUUGUUUGUGAAUUUGAACUCUCAGGACGUGUGGUUGCAGCUGUUAGAGUUCAUUUCGUCAAUGAAUGAGGAGAUAGCUCUAGUCUCAUUCCUAUG